AUGGGUAGGAAAAAAUCAUCAAAAACUAAUAGACGUAAUAAGCUAAAGGCUUUUACUAGGAAUAAAAAUCGUAAAGAAGUAAAAGUUGAAUCUUCUCCACCUUUUUUAUCUACAACAACUAUCGUUGAUAGUAACAUCAAUACCAUUUCAAUGAGCAAAAGCACACCUGAAUCUAACAGUACGUCCCCAGCAUCAUCUACCGAAGUGAUACAUGCUAGUAUCUCAGAAAAUACACCAUUGAUCCAACCAAUUAGGAGCAGCAUAGUUCAGGAUGUUUCGACUGAUAUUCCUGGCUUUGUUGCUGCUGAAUUAGAGGAGCAAGAGGAAGAAUAUAUAGAAAGCCAGCAACAGCAACCCUCGUAUUCUGCCAUUAAUAGCACCAAGUCACAACAAAACACUAUUGCAUCGAUCAUUUCUACGGACGACGGUGUGGGUUUAUCUAAAACAAGAGUACAAAUCAUAUUAUGGUCGAUGUAUUUAGGUAUAUUUUUGGCUUCUUUGGAUGUUACUAUUGUGUCGACCUUAUUGGGCCAUAUAUCUUCGGAGUUCAAUGCAUUAUCCAGAAGUUCAUGGAUAGCCACAGCAUAUUUGUUAUCGAACGCAACGUUUCAGCCGCUAUACGGCAAGAUUUCCGACAUUUUCGGUCGUAAGCCGUUACUAAUUUUUAGCAAUGUCUGUUUUAGUAUUGGGUGUUGGAUUUGCGGACGUAGUGGCGGGUUGUGGUGGCUAGUUCUCGGUAGGUUUAUAAGUGGUAUUGGUGGCGGAGGUAUGACUUCGAUGUCAACAAUUACCACUAGUGACUUGGUCCCAUUGAGAUCACGUGCUUUCUAUCAAGGUGUGGGCAAUUUUUUUUUCGGGUUAGGUACUGCAAUUGGUGGUCUAAUUGGCGGGUGGAUAAGUGACAAGUUUGGAUGGAGAUGGGCCUUUUAUGUGCAAGUUCCGUUGAGCGUGUUAAGUACUUUGUCUAUUAUUAUAUUUAUGGAUUUACCGCCAACGGAACUCAUGAAAAGUUCUACAGGAAUCAGGAAUAAGUUGAGCAAGAUUGAUUGGUACGGUAGUCUUACCUUGGUUUGUUUUCUUUUGUUCUUUAUGAUUGCCAGUAGUAUUGGGGGCAAGGAAGUUGCAUUUAGCUCAAAUACAUUUAUCGGAUUAUGUUGUGCGUCUUUUGUGUGUUUUAUUUUGUUUAUGUACAUUGAGUUGAAGGUUAGCUGUGAUCCUGUGUUGCCGAUGAAAUACUUGGCCGAUAGGAGUGUUUUUGGUGCUAGUUUUGCUAAUUGGUUCUGUAUGAUGAAUUCAAUAACCUUAUUGUAUUACUUGCCCAUAUAUUGGUCUACUGUGUUGGACUUGUCACCAACAGAAACCGGUAAAAGGUUAUCGCCAAAUUUUUUCAGUACAGCGUUUGGUUCUUUGGGGGCUGGUUUGUAUAUAAGAAAAACUGGUAAGUACUAUUGGUUUCAAUUGUUGUUUUGUAUUUGGGGUGUAUUAGGUUGUUUAAAGAUUUACUUGAUAACGCCAAAAAUCUCAGUUUUGGGCCAGUAUCUACUGUUUGUUACGCCAGGGUUUGGUAUGAGUGUUUUAAUCACAGUGACGUUAUUGGUUAUCAUUGCUGCUGUUCCAAAAGAGGCACAGGCUACUUGUACAUCGAUUUCUUACAUGUUUAGAUCUACAGGGAGCACAUUGGGUGUUUCUAUUGGGGCAGCUAUAUUUCGCAAGAGUAUAUCUAGUUUGUUGGUUAGUAGAGUGAUGGAAUUUGAGGGAGAGGAACACACAGCUAAAGAGUUGUAUAAAAUCAUUGAUAAGGCAACAAAUAGUAGUGAAUAUUUGAAAAUAGCACCUGAUUUUGUCAAAGAUACAUUGAAGGAAUGUUAUCACUCCGCCUUAAAAAAUACCUAUUUGUUUUGUUUGGUUUGUUUUAUUUUGGCUACGGUUAGCGUUUCGAUUGUUAGAGAGUAUAAAUUGCAUACGUCGAUGCAAAGAGACGAAGAGGAAAGCGAGCGUGAUUGA